CGGCGCGGGAGCUCUAUGGAGGCAGCGGUAGCAGCAACAGAUGCGGGGCAGCCCGGCCGCCCCUAGCCGCUUCCCGGCCGCGCUGCGCGGGGUCCGCCGACCCUAGCGCGCCGCGGGCGAGAUGGCCGGGUCCCGGCGGGCGGCCGGCGGCGAGGCGGGCACGGCGGGCUGCGGGCAGGCCAUCGUCUGGCGCAACGUGGUGCUGAUGGGGCUGCUGCACCUGGGCGCCGUCUACGCGCUCAGCCUGGUGCCGCGGGCGCAGCUCCUCACCCUCCUCUGGGCAUACUUCUGUUUCCUGAUGACAGCCCUGGGCGUGACAGCUGGUGCGCAUCGCCUGUGGAGCCACCGAUCCUACAAAGCUAAGUUGCCUUUGCGGAUCUUCCUGGCUGCUGCAAACUCCAUGGCUUUCCAGAAUGACAUCUACGAGUGGAGCCGAGACCACCGUGUGCACCACAAGUACUCGGAGACGGAUGCAGACCCGCACAACGCCCGGCGUGGUUUCUUCUUCUCCCACAUUGGCUGGCUGUUCGUGCGCAAGCACCGGGAUGUCAUAGAGAAGGGGAGGAAACUGGAUUUCACUGAUCUACUGGAUGACCCUGUCGUUAGGUUCCAAAGAAAGUAUUACAAGAGUUCAGUUGUGCUGAUGUGUUUUGUGAUCCCUACCUUUGUACCAUGGUACCUCUGGGGCGAGAGUCUGUGGAAUGCCUACUUCCUUGCCUCCAUCCUCCGCUACACCAUCUCCCUCAACGUCACCUGGCUGGUCAACAGUGCUGCCCACAUGUAUGGCAACCGCCCUUACGACAAGUACAUCAACCCCAGGCAGAACACCUUUGUCACUCUGGGAGCUAUUGGUGAGGGUUUCCACAAUUACCACCACACCUUCCCAUUCGACUACUCAGCCAGUGAGUUGGGCCUGAAGUUCAACCCCACCACCUGGUUUAUUGACUUCAUGUUUUGGUUGGGGUUGGUCACUGACCGCAAGCAGGCUCCGAAGGAGAUGAUCCAGGCUCGUAAGGAAAGGACUGGAGAUGGCAGUGCUUGAAAAGCAAUGCUUCGCUGUGCCAGCACUGUCAUACAUGUUGGUUGGGGUGUGUGCAUCCCUGUGCCUGUGGUGGAUUUGUUUUCCUCUGGGUAAAAUUAGUUCGUUUCAGUUGGGCUGAAUUAAUUCCCCAAGGAUAGAUUCAGCCCCAGCUUUUUUUCCUUAUUAACUGUCUUAUGUCCAAACUUCAGGCUAUUAAGUGUAAAAAUGUUAUAUAUUAUUUAAUAUUAUAGUUAAACAGGAGAGAGAUUUGAUUUUAGUCACUGUAGUUCAGGUCUGAAAUACCUUGUAAUUUGCUUGUUCAUGGUAAACAUUGGCCUGGUGGAGGAACUAACUUUCCUUUCCAAGUGCACCUAAGGGAGAUUUUUGUUUCUACUAUUAAUCAGAUAAGCUUUUGAGAUGCAUCUCUUGGAGGGAAUGGAUCAGGGCCCAAUGUGCUGUUUCAGCUACAGACUGAUGGAAAAGACAGUAACAGCACCAAUGAAAAACAGGAUGUCCAAGGGGAAAAAUCAGCCUAAAUUUAGUUAGAUGUUAGUUGGAAAACCUGCUUUCUUCUUUCUGUUAGCCCUGUUAGCCAGCCCAGUGCGCUGCUGUCUUUGCUAAAUAUGAAACCCAUUUAUUGCUGAGCAGGCUUUUGUGUUGAAGAUUAGUCUAUACAGGCCAAAAUACCGACUGACGCUAUGUUGAGAUGAUUCCUUUGUUGUUGCAUAUGCAUUGUAAUUUGUAAAGGUAUAGAGCUGAACCAUGUCUUAAGCCAAAUAAAGCUUCAGUUUCAAUGCUGGGAGACCUAAGUUAUAUUCUAAUCGGUCAUGGCCAUCGAUGCAUGCAUAUUUUAGCUCCUUUUGCACAAGAGGCCUCUUCAUUUCUUUUUCUGCCUUUGACUAGCGCGUCUUAGAAGACUGACCUUUAUCUAAGUCUUCGUCUCUACUAAUAUUUCAGCUGCAUGCAACAUCCAUUGAUUUCUGAGCAAAAUAUAAAGACAGUUAUGUAGCUUCUGGAUUUUAACAGUUGCCUUGUUUGACAAACAAAAUAAAAAAGGGGAAAAAAAAGGAAAAAAUAUAGAAAAAAAAAGAAAAAAAAAAAGGCAUGUGGAAUUAAUGGGACUUGUAGCCCUUUGUGUUAGAUGUUAGCCAGUGCAGGAGAGAGGCUUUGUACUGUCAGCACUGGACUGCUGGAGCACUUUUGAAGAUAGAGGGCAUGAUUUUCAUUUAUAAAGAAGGUCACUGCCUUGCCCCCUGGGGAGGGAGUGCCUGUGUCCCAGCUGCACAGCCCCAUGCCCUGGGCAAGGCAGGGAUGUCGAGAUAACUGAGACUCAGGCCUGGAUAUUUUCAGGAAAGAUGUAGAACUGGAGGAAGAAAAAAAACAAACCUAAAAUGAUUUCUUUUCUGUUCUGUUUCUUGUUUUUUAAAUGAUGCCAUAUAAUAUGGAAGAGUUGUCUUUAGUCUGUAUUUCAUCCAGCAGGUGUUUUAACAGUGUUACUUUGCCAUUAAUGAUGUGUAAACUCUUGAGUGAUUUACAAUAAACAGUUAUGACUUA